AUGUCUCUUCCUUCCCAGUCAGACUUCAUCGAAAAGCAUCUACAGCAUUGCGAAGCACCAGCUGACUUUCGGUGCACUAUCUGCCAAUGCGAGGACACGGAUCAAGUGGUUCGGAUCGACCAUUCUGGUCACUCGUGCUGGUUCCAUAAACCCUGCUUGACCACCUGGUUCACUUCCAUCAGUCUAAAGCGCGGAACUUGCCCUAAUGAUAGGAUCGCGUUGUUCGAACCCAACGCCCUGGUCGCCUCCCAGCUCGAUUCUACCUCUGAAUCAACAUUGGACCCUGCUGUUCUAAGCGCUAGGCAGACUCUGAAUGACAUUCGACAGACGAUGGAGGUGGGCGACACGCCCAUGGAAAUGGCUUUCAAUUAUCGGGAGCCGCUGGCUAUUCGGCUUCGGUUGGACGCUCGUCGACAUGCUGAUGCUCUAGAUUCACUUCAAGGCAACACUCCUCGUGUGGUAGCUUGGCACCUGCGGCGGACCCUUGUCGAGUGGGCUGGUGUAUUUAUGCACUCUGCUCCUCAUGCAGUCCAGCAUGAAUUGGAUGCGGUGGGUCGCUAUGCUGAAGCCCUUCAAUCGCAACCCGACUCUCUCUCAGAAGACGAGAUGCAGCAGGUUAGUCAGAUUGUAGGGGAGCGUCAGGCCGCUCAAGAUGCCUUGCCUUACGCCUCGCGUACUGACGGAUUGGCGGGAGCUAGCGAUGUCUAUUACCAUAAUGCACUUAUGGCCGCGGUACAAGUCGCUUUGGCUACAGUGUAUGCGGAUCGGAUGCUUACGUUGCUGAACCAGACUCAGGCCUUGAUUCUGCAGAUUGGGCGUCUUCAUGCCGAGCAUGCUGCCCCUGUUCCUGUUGCUACCGGGGCUACUAUGACUCGGCCAAUGGCGCUUGAAGAGCCUGAUGAGCUACGUCUCGAGUUGGCACGGGAGAUCGACCGGCAACUGGAGAGCUUGGAUUUGGAGUAA